GUGAUGAUGAUGUUAUUUACUAAUCAGAUUGAACCUAGGGUGAUGAUGAUGUUAUUUACUAAUCAGACUGAACCCAGGGUGAUGAUGAUGUUAUUUACUAAUCAGAUUGAACCUAGGGUGAUGAUGAUGUUAUUUACUAAUCAGACUGAACCUAGGGUGAUGAUGAUGUUAUUUACUAAUCAGACUGAACCUAGGGUGAUGAUGAUGUUAUUUACUAAUCAGACUGAACCUAGGGUGAUGAUGAUGUUAUUUACUAAUCAGAUUGAACCUAGGGUGAUGAUGAUGUUAUUUACUAAUCAGACUGAACCUAGGGUGAUGAUGAUGUUAUUUACUAAUCAGAUUGAACCUAGGGUGAUGAUGAUGUUAUUUACUAAUCAGACUGAACCUAGGGUGAUGAUGAUGUUAUUUACUAAUCAGAUUGAACCUAGGGUGAUGGUGAUGUUAUUUACUAAUCAGAUUAAACCUAGGGUGAUGGUGAUGUUAUUUACUAAUCAGAUUGAACCUAGGGUGAUGAUGAUGGUGAUGAUGAUGUUAUUUACUAAUCAGAUUGAACCUAGGGUGAUGAUGAUGUUAUUUACUAAUCAGAUUGCACCUAGGGUGAUGAUGAUGUUAUUUACUAAUCAGAUUGAACCUAGGGUGAUGAUGAUGUUAUUUACUAAUCAGAUUGAACCUAGGGUGAUGAUGAUGUUAUUUACUAAUCAGACUGAACCUAGGGUGAUGAUGUUAUUUACUAAUCAGAUUGAACCUAGGGUGAUGAUGAUGUUAUUUACUAAUCAGAUUGAACCUAGGGUGAUGAUGAUGUAA